AUCAUAAUCCUACUUUGAAGCAAAUUCAUAUUUAUAUGGAGUCAAUUAUUUUACUUUAAUUGUAAUUAAAUCCAAUAAGUUGAAACAUUAUCCCAUGUGCUAGCUCGUCGACAGAUGCGUCUAAAAACGCACUAUUUUGUGGCCAUUAUACUUUCUGUACUUAGAUAGAUCUCUGUCUUCCUCUCUUUUUCUCUGCCAUGGUUGCUCUGUUGACUAAAACACUUCUCGUUCUGCUGUUACUGUCAACAAUUCACCAAAACACAGGUGGGGAAUUUGAGCAAUGGUGUGUAGCAGAUGAGCAGACCCCAGAUGAUGAAUUACAAAUGGCUUUGGAUUGGGCAUGUGGAAGAGGAGGUGCUAACUGCAGCAGCAUCCAACCAAACCAGCCUUGCUUUAACCCAAAUACAGUGAAAGACCAUGCUUCAUUUGCCUUCAAUAACUACUUUCAGAGUUUCAAGCACCAAGGUGGAUCCUGUUUCUUCAAAGGAGCUGCCAUCAUUACAGAGCUUGAUCCUAGUCAUGGGUCUUGCCAGUAUGAGUUUAUUCCAUAGUGAGAAUGAGAAUGAGAAGAGAUCAGGGAAUAAAAUCAGAGGAAAGAGAUUGGUUUGAAAGUAAGGACUAAGGAGAUUAAAUCCCAUGGAAGAUUGUUAUCUAAGUUCUUUACCUUGUUUCAUUGUACUUUGAACCAUAGCACAAUAAGACUUUUGUCUUUGCCUAAGCCACCAUUUAUUUCUUUUAAUUUUUUUACUUCAUUAUAUUCUUUUCUUUGUGUUUAUGUUUGCCUUUUCUGGUAGAUUCUUGUAAGAUAUAAUUGAUUUUCUUACUGAUGAUUCUCUGGUGCUCAACGUUCUUGGUAUUUGGUUGUUUU